AUAGAGUUACAGAAUCACGCCACUUACAAAACAACCACAGCAAGACAAAAUCAGCAAGAACCAGCACAGAUAACAGAACAGUCGAAUGCGCCAACGACACGAACGAAACACAAAAAUGACUAUACAAAUGAAGCAAAGAUAAUUAUGACACCAACGAUGAUGCUAGCUUCGACACCAACGACGAAACAGUGCUGA